UUUGAAAAAGUCAACAUAAACUUUUCAUUUCACCAAUCUUAAGAUGAUAUUCAAUCAAGUUAUUGAUGUGUGGCUAUAUAUUGUUACCAGCAAGUGGUUUGAAAAUGACUUACAAUCAAGUCAUUUUAAAGCAGGCUACUUUCAGCUUUCUGUUGAUGUUAAAUAAACAAUUACUAACAUUCAUAAUAGGCAAGCUGAUCCAAAGGAAAGUUUGCAAAAUUCUGGACUGCUAGUCCAGUUAGUCUCAACUGCUGGCACGUUUUAGAAUUAGUUUUGCAUAUUAGCAGCUAAAUUUUGUACUUCAAAUUUAAGAAGCAUGGAAGAGAUAGGAAAUUUUAAUUAUUAACACAAGAAACACUUCCAAAUUCUGCAUCUUCCCAAAAAGAGCAGAUUUAAGUUGUAUCUAUGACUAGCCAGAAGCAUCAAUAGCUACUGUUUCUAACAAACUUAGUACUUUCAAAUUAUUGCACAAUGUCAUGUGUUUUUAUAGACAGGAAUUUAUGAUUUCCCCUAAACUUAAUUCUUUCCUUCUUACGUACAAAACAAAAUACCAAAGAACUCUGUUAAAAUUUAUCAAAUGUUCAAAAAUAAAAGACAGAAAAUCUAAAGCUUUUGAUGACUAGGAAGAGUUAACUCUGGAACAAGUAACCAAGAAAACUUAAAAAUCUUUACAAGAAAACAUUACAAAUAAAAUUGUAAAAACAAAUAAAUUCUUAACUGUAAUUAAAUAGGGUAUUACCUUUUGGCUUUCAGCCUCCGUGCUGACAUUAAAAAUGCUCAUUUGUUUUCUGCAUUCAAUCAUCAGAGAUUAGUUGUGUCCAAUAGCAAUAUGUAAAAGGAACAGCACUCAAUAUUUAGAUUUUAAAAAAAACACUGUUAAGGGCGUAAGUGAGGCGGUGGUGGUGGUGGGUGGGUGAGUAGAGAGAGGAGAAAGGGAAAGGGAGACAGAAACAGAGGGAAAGGGAGACAGAAACAGAAGGAAAGGGGGUUGUAAAUGCAUCUUCAGAGAUAAGUAUUAGUGGUGGAAAUUAUGGAUAGAAAUAUUGUAAAUCCAGAAAGAACACAGUUGAAAUGUAAAUGGAAAUUUUAUGACCUGAUUAAAUAAUCACAAGAAAAGGUUAAGUAGAUGCAUUUUAUGAAUAGCAAAGAAAGAUACAGUACAGCCACAAGGAGUGAAACAAGAGCAGCGAUCUGGCAGCGAUACAGCACAUGGAUUAAAACAAAGUUAUACAGCUCCGGGGAAGCAGAGAAAAAGAGAAAUGAAAUGACUUCCUGACCAAGCAAAGGAAGCAUCAGCAGUUUAAGACAACAGAUUGUGAACUUAAACAAAAAACAGCUGUCACAUGGGAGCAGGCUACAGACACAAUGGAAAUUUUGAACAAAGAGAUACAUAAUGGAGGAGUUAACAUUCACGUCAAGAGUAUACAUCUGGCUGAAGCCAUGGACAAAGCUACAAAGACUCUGCAGCAAGACAUUAUUCUGGCACAAACGUGCCAGUGAUCUAUGAACUGACAGUUCAGAACAUGCAGCCUGUUCCUCACUAUUAUUCGAAAAGAAGCAGGUGGGCAAUUGCCAAUAUUCAGAGAUGAUGCCCGGACCAGAGAGUUAUGGCGUGUCUUACUCAGCGGACUCUACAAGCAUGUUUACAACCAGCAGAAUGCAGGCAACCCCAAUCCAGCCCUUCAACCCUUCAGGAACAAACAAAAUCUUCUAUCUGGCAAUUACAGAGGAAUCUAAGCUUGCCAGUGUCCUUACCAGCUCUAACAUUUUAAAAGAUCAUUCCAAGGAUGGACUACAGUGGGCAGCUUUACUAAUUUUACUAGUGAUCAUACCAACUAUUGGUGGGAAUAUUCUUGUUAUUUUGGCAGUUUCUCUCGAGAAGAAACUCCAGAAUGCCACCAACUACUUCCUCAUGUCACUUGCAGUAGCAGAUAUGUUGGUUGGACUUCUGGUGAUGCCCAUCGCUCUUCUAAGUAUUCUGUUCAAUUCUGAGUGGCCAUUACCUUGCGAGAUAUGUCCUAUCUGGAUAUUUUUGGAUGUUCUUUUAUCCACAGCCUCAAUUAUACAUCUGUGUGCAAUCUCUUUAGACCGUUAUAUUGCUAUUAAAAAACCUAUUCAGCACAGUCGUUUCAACUCCAGGGCUAAAGUUCUCAUUAAGAUCACAGUAGUAUGGAUCAUCUCCAUUGGCAUUGCUAUUCCCAUCCCGAUCAAAGGUCUACAGGAUGAAACAAACACCUUUAUAAACCAAACCUGUUUACUUAACGUUGGAAAAUUUAAAAAUUUCAUGAUCUUUGGGUCAUUGACUGCAUUCUUCAUUCCCCUUGCCAUCAUGAUAGUUAUCUAUUUCUUGACAAUUCAAGUGCUGAGAAAGAAAGCGUACCUGGUUAGAGCCAAACCACCUCAACAGUUUAACUGGACUACUGUCUCAACCAUUUUUCAGCAAGAUCUUACAUCAACAAAUUCUCCAGAGAAGGUUGCAAUGAUCAAUGGUUCACAAAAGAACAAGACAUUUUCCUGCACAAUUCAAAAUAUACCUAUCCGAAGACUCUCCAGCUUGGGUAAAAAGUCCAUGCAGAGCAUCAGCAACGAACAACGAGCAUCCAAGGUUUUAGGAAUAGUGUUCUUCUUAUUUUUGGUGAUGUGGUGCCCAUUUUUUGUAACAAAUGUCACUUUUGCCAUCUGCAAGAACUGUGACCAGGAACUCCUUCAAAAACUGAUGGAAGUUUUUGUCUGGGUGGGUUAUGUCUCCUCAGGAGUUAACCCACUUGUGUAUACUCUUUUCAACAAGACUUUUCGCAAGGCAUUUAGCCGAUAUAUUACAUGUGAAUAUAUCAGAAAUAAGGAUAUUAAAAUACUUCAGAAGUAUUUCAGCCGGAUGUCUUUUCAAACAUCAAUCAAUGAAAAUGCCAAGUUAUUCAAUACAAAAAAUGACAUCAACCCAAUGUACGCUAGUCCCCUGCGGUUAGGACCUGCCUCUGUCCAAAGAACAAUAAUGCUGGACACUCUAUUCCUCGCUGAAAAUGAGACCGACAAAGCCGAAGAAGCAGUAAGCUAUAUUUAAAGUUCAAAGAAAGUAAAGGAAACUGCAAGAGUGUUUAGCACUCUGUAUAAAAUGGGGAUUCAACAUGUAGGGCAUACCUUUCAAUAAGAGGAUAUACAUUUACAAUUCAUUACUGUGAUCAGUGCAGCAUUUUUCUUCAAUAGCUAACAUGUUUGCUACAUAUCCUAUCAGGUCCAAUAUCAAAGUGAUUAUCUAUGCCCUCACUGGAUUGGUCAUUCAUCCAUCAAUAAAAUCCAUGUGACACAGAACAUCAAACUUGAGAACUAGUAACUUUACAAAAAUAUGUAAAGAAAAAUACAUUCAGUAUUUGAGGAAAGGGAAAGAAAAACAAUGCCACAGUGAGGCAGCAUUAAGAAAUAUUAAGGAACAGUUAAGGAAAUGGAUUUCAGGGAAAAUGUUAAAGGGGAAUACACAAGUAGAAAGAGACAGGCUUCUAAAUGGAAUUAGUUUCUCAGGAGAGGACAAGUGAAGAGGCAGACCUACAUCUAAGAAAGAAAAUUUCAUGGAUGAAGGCAGCAGCUGCAUAACUUCAUGAAGUUAAUGUGAUGGGGGAGGGGGCAAAAUCAAGUAGUAAUAUAAACACAAGGAUGAAAUUUAUAAACCAUAGGCACUGUUGGAUAAAAAAUUAAUAUAUAUCAACAAAGAUGAGAUGUUGGAAGAACAAGGUAUUAUAUGGAUGCACUUUCAGACGAACCAAAGUCCACAAAUUUACUGAUAAUCAAAGCAAAGUGGCAUUGUGAUCUAUCAGGAUCAGAGGGGUUUCAAGGGAAUACUUAAAGGUUACAAGACUGACAAGAGCAUAGCAAAUUGAAGUAUAAUAUGAAAACAAAAGUGAGGUUAUUCAUUUUAGAUGAAAAAAAUAGAAAGGCAAACUUAGAGAGAAAGGUUUAAGGUUCAGACCUAGAGAUCCUUGCACUGAAAUCUGAGUGGAAGAAUUGAGAUAUCUU